CGAGCGCACGCUCAAUCCUCCGGCAUUCGUGGACGGUAGUCCAUGGGUCAGCCCUAGUCAGCUACAACGCUGGGAUCAACGCGUGCGCGAAAGGUGAGCAGUGGCAGCGGGCACUAGCAUUGCUGAGGGAAAUGGACGAGGCAUCGUUGGAGCAACAGAUGUUGAACUGGAGUGCUGCUGUUACGGCGUGCGAGAGGUGCCGUCAGUGGCAGCGGGCGCUGUCAUUGCUCAGGGGCAUGGAAGAAGUCAGGGUGGGGACGGAUGUCAUCAGCUACAGUUCUGGGAUAAGCGCGUGCGAGAAGGGUGGGCAGUGGCAGUGGGCGCUGUCGCUGCUCGAAGAGAUGCGGGAUGUAAAGGUGGAGCCGAACGUCAUUUACUUCGUGCACGCGUGAUACAUGUCACGGCCCCUACCAGAAAGGCAGGUUGCUGGUUGCCUCCUCAUCCUCCCCUCUAACCUUCUCCCCCCCCUGGUCAGCUACAGCGCUGGAGUCAGCGCGUGCAGGAACGGCGGGCGCUGGCGGCAGGCGCUGAAGCUGCUGAAGGAUAUGGUCGGGUCAGCAGUGGAGUCGAACGUCGUCAGCCAAAAUGCCGGGAUCAGUGCGUGCGAGAGGGGUGGGCAGUGGCAGUGGGCGUUGUCGCUGCUGGCGGGAAUGUCAGAGGUGGAGCUGGACCCGGACGCCAUCAGCUACGGGGCCACGAUCAGCGCCUGCGCGAAAUCUGGGCAGUGGCAGCAGGCGCUGUCGCUGCUCAGCGAGUUCGGGGCGGUGCUUGAGCUGGACGCAAUCGGCUGGAGUGCUGGAAUCAGCGCGUGCGAGAAAGGCGGCAGGUGGCAGCAGGCUCUGGCCCUGCUGGGGGACAUGCGGGCGGUGAGGCUGGAAUUGAACGUCAUCAGUCUCAAUGCUGGGGUGAGCGCCUGCGAGAAGGCCGCGCAGUGGCAGUGGGCGCUGUCGCUGCUCUCGGAGACGGCGGCGGCACGCGUGGAGCUGGACGCCACGAGCUGCAGCGCCGGGAUCAGCGCUUGCGAGAAGGGGCGCGAGUGGCAGUGGGCGCUGUGGCUGCUCCGGGGCAUGGGGUCCGCGAGGAUGGAGCCGAACGUCCUACAGCGCUGGGAUCAGCGCGUGCGAGAAAGGCAGGCAGUGGCAGCAGGCCAUGUUGCUUCUCAGCGAGAUGUGGGAGGUGAAGGUGUUGCCCGAUGCAAUUAG